AUGUCCACCUCAAAAACGGUUGUUAUUGACACCUCGGCGACACACCAUGACACCACAAACGGAUGGAGCGACGACUCGGAUCAGAGCCAGGACGAAAGCAGCUACUACGUCCCCAGCAUACCCUUCAACCAGCGGCUUGCAGCCCUCGACCCUGCAUUGUACCAAGGGUCAGGGGAUGAUUUCUGCACGGAGGAAAACUAUGACCAAACGAGCGCAUACAUCAACCACCAGCUCAAUAUUCACGGCUUCUCGUCAAACCUCCAGUUCAUCGGCGCUGAUAAGCAUGCUGCUUCCAGGAUAGUCACAGCCCUAUACAAGAUCCUUCAGCAGCACUUGAAAGACUCGGAGUACAAGGAGGAGAUGGACUUGAACUGGAGGAGGCUUUCUCAGGAUUAUGAUACCACUCUCCACAACCUCAACACGACAAAGACACAACUGGAAAAGGCUGGGCGGGAAACAGACAUGCUGAGUGCCAGGGUCGCUGGACUAGAGGAUGAAGUCAAGGCCGAGGCGGAGAAACAUCGGUAUACUAGAGAGGAGCUCAAGUCAUCUAAAGCGAACCUCCAGUAUUCAAAGACGCAGUACGCUCACGAGUCGCGGAAAAAGGAACAGGAAGUGAAUGCGCUAAAGGAGAAACUGCAAAAGUCGAUCAGCAGAGGCCAGUCGUUCAAUAGCUCGUCGUCAACGAUACCCGGGGGUAUUACUAUCCUCAACCCUGUUCCACGGCCCUUGUACGGGAAGACUCAUACGAACGAGGCCGAACUGCUGUUGAAAGAGGUGAUUGAGCAGCAGCAGACCAAGGAGAAUGAGAUUGUGGAAGAAAACGAGCAAUUACGGAGGACUCUUUAUACCGUUCAAGUGGAGCUGGAAGGGUUGCUGAAGAAGCACUCGAAUCUGAAAAACUCUACCAACAAUGCAUAUGGACUACCGUUUGAGAUGGUGAAAGACAGGAUCGAGACGGAGAUUAGGGACACGUUGACGUUGAUGAGCGACCAAUGGGAUCAUCGGCCGUCUCUCGAGCCUGUCAUCUCUCCGAGUGAGAUUGUUGUCCGUGACCAGAGGAUCGAAGAUCUGCAAAAAGAGAUUGAAAAGUUGCAGCUAGAGCUCGAGGACUCGACCCUGCUGGUUCAGGGUGCUCAAAAGAUGAUUGACAAUCUCUCGAGCGGCAACUUUUUGGGCGGCCUGCAGGAUCUCAAGUUGAAUGUCGAAGGGUCUGACAUGACACUUCAAGAGAUUGACGAGGCGGAGGACAAGAUCCGGAAGCAGCGUGAGGAUCUGGCCAAAGAGAGGAAAAGGUUUACACAGGCCUGUCUGGAUCUUGGCAAGGAGCGCGAGGAGCUGCAGCGGGCCAAGGAUGAGUUUGAGGAGAGUAAGCGAACCUUCCGACUGGAUAAAGUUGUUGACUUUUUGUCCUUCUCGCCGGUUAAGGAGCCAGCCACCAGGACCCUGGAUGUGUCUCCGCCACCAUCUGUACCAGCGGCAGCACCUGCACUAACACGGGGACGAGCACCAGUACGAGCACCACCUUCGCCCACACCCACACCCACUAUGGGCGCCAGCUCUAGAAAACGUGUAGCAACUUCGCCCUUGCCUUCCUUCUCGACGCUCAACAACGGUCGCUCAGUCAGACACAAGACCAAGACGACUGUGAUUGAGGUGCCGGAUGAUGAUGACGACGAAGGUGAGCAUGGUGUCGCUGUCCCUGAACAAGGACGAGUUCAGGAACAGUGGAGACGCAACCAGAACACGACUGUGUUUAACGAGGACGAGCCAUUGGAAGAGGAUGAAGAGGAUGAACAGCUGGUUCGCACCAACAACAACCACAGCAACAGCAACAACAACAACAAAGCGCACAAGGCCACGAAGGACUCUUUCCCGACAUUCGGUGUUCCGGGAAUGCCUCGAGGUGCUUUUGGCUCUUCUACAGUAGCGGGGGCAGCAAGGGCAGGUCAGCUUGAGAGCCAGAGCCAGACAACGGCCACUUUAGUUGUUGCAACCGCAGACGGGUCGUCGUUGAAACCUACGACGACUCUUGGAUCAUCAACGCCUGGACGGUCGGGACCCUCCAGCACGUUUACGACAUCUACUCCGACUCCGUUUGUGAUAUCGUUCAAUGAUCCCAGUCUGUCCACAGCGACUCCUCGCUCGCAGACUCCUGUCACGCCGGUGACAUCUUCGUCGUCGACACUUGCGGCUGCUGCCAAGUCUCAGCCGUUCAACUUUACUGCGACCCUGCCUCCCAACACUACCUUCAAAAGCCUGUCGUCAAGGCCAGCUGCAUCAACAUCAGCACCAACAUCGACUGCAGUUGUGCCCUCUCUCUCGUUCAACCCUCGUAUCAACAACAACGACAAAAACAGCCGCCCUAGUACAACAACAGCAUCUGCAACGCCGUCGUGGUCAUCUGUACCAGCUGUUGCAACCUCAGUCCAGCUCCCAUCACUCAAUGCCUCUGUCAGGAUGCCCUCUGCCCUUACAAAGGCUGCAGCACACCUUGCAUCCAGGAAGGCAGGCAUCACUGCUGCACCGUCAACCAGCAGUAGUAGAAGUGGGACGCCGUUGUCAAGUUUUACUGAUACCCGACGAGCUACAGAGUCAGGUCCUGGUAGUAGGAAUGACUCAGUACCGUCGUCCAUAUUCUCUCGUCGUCCCAAGGCGUAA